GUCACAACUCCGGAAAACAUCUCGUCCAAAUGCGGAUCAAUUGUGACAUCCUCCCAGAUGUUGAAACAUCCGGACGUUUACUCUCCAACCCUUUCUCUCUUUUUGAGCGCGAUCGCAGUUGGAAAGUUAUUUUGUGGAUAAAAAAUGGAAAAGAUUUAUAAACAUCUGAUUCUACAUUUUCCCAGCCGAACACGAAUAAAAAAGAAAGUAUGAAAACGAAUUCCUAUGUUUCCAUCUAGCUGUGCGAUUUCUCUGACUGAGUGGCACACACAGGGCUUCUCAGAUGACUAACAUCAGUGGAUGAAAUAAAAGUGGAAGUUAUGGAGCUUUCAUGGCAGCUCGAACCAACUCAACCGGUGAACACCUCUAAUGACAGCUUUGUUUCACACUUACCUGCUGCAGCUGAGAGCGCAGAGAGCCUCGCCUAUCAGAUCUCUCUGGCUGCGAUCCUCUCGGGCAUCACGCUCGCCACCACUUUAUCUAACGCCUUUGUCAUUGCAACUAUUUCCCAGUCGAAGAAGCUGCAAACUCCAGCGAACUUUCUAAUUGCCUCUCUGGCUGUCACCGACCUCCUGGUGUCCAUCUUGGUGAUGCCAAUCUGCGUCCUGUACACGGUGAUCCACACCUGGACGCUCGGACAGAUCGUCUGCGACAUCUGGCUCUCCUCAGACAUAACGUGUUGCACUGCGUCCAUCCUCCAUCUGUGCGUAAUAGCGCUGGACAGGUACUGGGCCAUCACAGACGCAGUGGAGUACUCCAAAAAGCGCACGCCGGGGCGCGCAGCCGGCAUGGUGGCCACAGCCUGGGUCAUCGCCAUCUCCAUCUCCAUUCCGCCUCUCUUUUGGAGGCAGGUGAAGGCGGAGGAGCUAACCAGCUGCAGCGUUAACACGGAUCACAUCUUUUAUACCAUCUACUCCACCUUCGGGGCGUUCUACAUCCCCACUUUGCUCCUCAUCGUCUUGUAUGGGAGAAUAUAUGUGGAGGCUCGUAAGCGCAUUUUGAAACAAUCUCCAAAGAAGGUUGGAAAGAGACUCACCUCUGCGCACCUGGUAACCAACUCCCCCGGAUCCGUGGCGUCCACAACGUCGCUGCAGUGCGGGAGGCAUGACACUCCGUCCAGUGACACCGGAUCUUCAACCAGCGAGAACCAGGUAAAAGUAACGGUAUCGGACGCGCUUCUGGAGAAAAAGCGCAUUUCUGCGGCCAGAGAAAGAAAAGCGACCAAGACUCUGGGGAUAAUCCUCGGCGCUUAUAUCAUCUGCUGGCUUCCGUUUUUCAUUUACACGUUACUGGUGGCCACAUGUGACACAUGUUUGAACCCUGAGUUGUUCGACUUUUUCACCUGGCUGGGAUACCUGAACUCUCUGAUUAACCCCAUCAUUUACACGAUGUCCAAUGAGGACUUCAAGAAGGCUUUCCAAAAACUGGUCCGCUUCAACUGCUGCAGGUCCUGAACUGUUUCAUAAAACUGAAAGAUAUCUAUUACAGGUUUAUAAAGAUUUAUAUAUGCUUGUUUUAUGUAAAGCUACGGGAUGUCCUGGUCAAUUCACCUCAUUGCUGAAUUCUCCAGAUUUUCUUAAAUGUGCGCUGCCAUUUCGUUCCUUGCUGUUUCCAUUUUGUACCUGUAAACUAACCAUGACACUAAAACCAUGGUGGAUCAGGUUAUUUUUCACUGUAGUUAAAUGUGUCGAUGAAUUAUUGAGAUAAUAAGUCAUAAAAAGCUAUAUUCUCAAGAAAGUCCAUACACUUCUAUAUUGCUGUUAUUUGAACGUUUUGUAUUAGGCCUACAUCCUAUUCCCACUUAUUUUAGCUUUUUGCUUGUCAUUUUGCCCCCUUGCCCUUUUAGACUUUUGCAGUUUGGUCGUUUCAUACGCAUCUCCUGGCACGAAAUUGUGCCAUCGACCAUCUAACCAUCUAACCCACCUUCACAGUCAAUUUUUAUGAUCUACCAAUUGUCUGCUGUAGAGGAAUGUGCUUUUACAAAUCCAGUAAAAAUAUAUCUAAAACCAGGAGGUAACUUAGACUGGUGAUCAGGGGUCAAAAUCUGUCAUAAUUCAUAGAAGUAAGAAGCCCCAAACUAGGAUCAGAACCAAAAUAAAUAGAAAUAGAGAAUAAUAUAAAGGGGAAUGGAAUUAAACAUGGGAUUCGGGCAUUUUUAUGACCAUUAUCUGUCUAAAUUAUGAAAUCACUGAAUUACAACAAGAACUACUAAUAUUUAUAGGUACUACAGUGAAUGAAAGUAGAAAUAGAUUAACUUUCAACAGACAAGUAUGGUAAGAUGGCAGGGAUUUGAAAAUGUGUAACAUUAUGAUCUCCUAUCAAACCAAAAACAAGUCCAAGUUGUCUCCUGCUGGUAGAGAAAUGCUUGUUUAUUGGAGUAAUGUAACCAAAUUUCCUCUAUGCAUAUUUACAAUAUAGCAAAAUUACUGUAUAGUAAUUACUUUUUUUGUCAAAGUGGGCUCACACGCCCCCCCAGCGGUGAAUUUCCAGCAAGAUAAUAUCCAGCAGUAGAUGUAACCAUUUUGUAGCCCAGCAAGACUACAAAGGUACGAAAUGGCAAAGGGUCAAAAUGAAAUGCAACCAUUUAGGUAUUUAUGACCAUGAACAGGUUAAAUUAUAACACCUACAGACAUUAUAAGAUAUGUUUAAAAGGGGGAAAAAAAAAUCAUAAUUUACAUCCAUAUUAUAUAAAUUGUGUCCAAUUGAAAUUGAAGAAUUACUUUGAACCAAUAAAUAAAGUGUAGGAGAAACUAUUUUGAUUCAACAGCCAUAAAUUUGAGGAGAUUUUCAAGAAGAAAAUGGACAGACUCAAACUUCGUUUAAUGUGUGGUAAUGGCAUUUCUGAGUCACUAUUCUGGAUCAGUGUGUGGAUAUGUUUCAGGAUGAAACAGUUCAUUCAAAUUAUCAGCACAGAUCAGGAGCAUUUUGUGAGAUUCUGUUCUAGGUGCUUUUUGGCUAACGAGCCAGAUCUUUUUAAAUUAGAUGAUCACAUAAGGCUCUGUGAAGAGAUGCAUCGAUCAGGCUGUUCCUGGCAAAUCCUGAUUUUCAGCUUUCCUUGAGGUAUGACCUGCCGAUUUAAACAAUUCUGGUAUUUUCUUUAUCUUAGGACUAUGACACAAUAAAAAGAAUGGCUGCAGAUUCUUUGAUGCAUAGGUAGCAGUUUUGAGUCAGUUUGUUCCUAAUCCUGAUGCACUUUGUUAAUCAACCUCAAAAAAGUUGAUCAUACUACAUACUGUUGGUUGAUACUGAAUGAAGCAUUUAAUCAACAGGAACAAAAAUAGUCAGAUUUUGUAUUAUUUGACAAACCGAUCACAGGAAAAACGGGUUGAUUUUGUUCUCCUGUAGAUUGAUUGAUGUGUCUCAUGACAUAAAUGUCCAUGUUGAAGUAAUGCAAAGGUAUGCAUUUGUUUUGAUCAUGAUCACAGACUGCUUUCUGUUCGCUUUUAUGAUGUUCUGGUUUGAAAGUAAGAGGCAGAAAGUCUGCAGGCUGCACCCUGCAGCAUGAAAACAAUCACAUAAAAUCAAUGUCAAACAAAAAAUCAGAGCAUCUGAUAUUUACCAAGCUGGAUGCCAUGAUUGCUUCAGUUUUGCUGAACAAACAUCAUCCUGUUUUACUGAGCAUGUGUGGGUCUGCCUGCCUCAUUAAAUCUACAUCCACAGUAAUGUCAGCCGGGUAAAGAAUCUUACAGCUGCAGAGUCUGACCCGAAGAACAAUGCAGUGGAGAAGAUUGAUUAUCUUUAUUAAAAAGAAUAAAUAUUGUGAUGUAAAUUUGUGAAAUAAAGGCUUUUAAUGUAUGUCUGUAAAUUAUGUUCUAUAGGCAAGAUUCCUUUAUGCAAUAUGAGAUAUUAUUGGCCUCAGAGUAAUAAAAUAAUGGCAAAAUCAUAUUAAGCAACAUCUUGUGGCUCAAAUGCUUUGAAAAAUAUGUUGAGGAAUGAAAAAAAGUUGAGAUUUUAUUUUCAUAAGGUUUAGAUUCUCCAGCAUCGUCUGGGUCCCUCUUAUUUCUCUGCUUGUUUUCCUCUUGGAGGAGAACAUGUCUAUUUGAUCAGCAGCUGUCAGAUAUAAGUGAGAUAUGAUGGUGGGAAAAGCUCUUCUGCCCUCAUAAUGUCAGCGUACGCAUAAACACACCCCUCCCAUGGGCUUCUGUUUGAGCAUUUUAAUAUGCAUGAAAGAUGAGUAUAUUUGAACAAAGCCUUUUCUGAGAUUUCUCAUACCAGAGGCAGCUAUGCUACAGGCUAAAGAAGGGGCAGCAUAGGCAGAAAUUUAAAGAUAGUUGAUGUAUUUGACAUUUUUUUCCAGUAUCUGUUUCUGUUAGUCGUGUUCAUCAAUAUUCAUAUUCUAACACCUUAGCUUUUAUUGACUAAAAUAAGUUUUCAUUAAAAGAAGAAAUCAAGAAUACCUCAAAGCAAAUAAAAAAUAAAAAAUACAAAAGAUCAACAUGAAAAAGGGAAUGAAUAGAGAUUAGCAAACAAGAUAGGUAAAGUAAAUAAAGGUAGAGUUGUUGCUAAAAAGAAAGUACACCAUCAAUCAAUUCUGGGACGUUGAUGUUUAAAAUAUUCUGAUGAUCACCAAGUUUAAAAAUUAUAUCAAUCCCAACCUUAAGUGUCAAAAUAAACAAAAAUGAAAUAAAAGUGGAACAUUUUGAGAGGAUUUAUGUGUACAUUUAUGUGUAUAAAUGCCUGAUACAUGGAUGUGAAAAAGUACUUGCUCUCCAACACAUUUCUUUUGUUUUUACUUCUUUGUCAAACUUAAAUGUUUCAGAUCAUCAAACAAAUUUCAACAUUAGACAAAGAUAACCUUAGUAAAUAUAAAAUAUAAUUUUCAAAUGUUUAAAAAAAUUAUUAUCUAAACCAACCUGGCCUUUUCUGAAUAAAUAUUUGCCCCUUAAACAUAAUAACUGGUUGUACCACCCAUAGCAGCUACAUCUGCCAUCAAAUGGAUCUUUUACAUCACGGUGGAGGAAUUUUGGCCCACUCUUUGCUGACUUUUUAACAAAAUUAGUUACAAUGGAGGGUUUUCAAGCAGGAAUGUUGUUUUCAGCCUUUCAGAGGUGUACUUGCUGGUAUUCUUUGGAAAAAAGUCCUGGGCAUAAACCAAAUGUACUUAACGAUAAGUCUGCAAAUUGAUGGCCGGGAAUUCUGGAGAAUCUCAGAUCAUCACCAAAGUAGCCCCAGAUAAUCACACCACCAUCAUCACGUUUGACUAUCUGUAUGUUUUUGAAAUGGUCUGCUACUUUUAAAACAGAUUUUAGUCAAAUGGUAAUGGGCUGAACUUUCCUAGUUAUACUGGCAGCUCAAAGAGCUUAACAACCAAAGCCACAUUCAUAAAGUCACACAUCAGGACAGAACCUGGGUUCAAGUGCAUUGCCCAUAGGCACAUAAACAUAUGGGUAAGAAGCAAACUGGAAUCAAACCCACUACUUUCCAAGUGCAAGACGGCUCCUCAUCCCAUUAAACCACAGUUGUCUCAUUUGCCUCAUCCAUCCACAAAAUAUUUUCGAAAAAGUGGCUUAUAAGGAUGUUUUUUGGUAAAUGUGCGGCAUAUUCUUUUGGGUCAGCAGUGGUUCUGGCCUUGCCUUGUAAUUUUGGUAGGUUAGCCACUCCUAGGAAGGUUCACCACUGUUCCAUGUUUUCUCCAUUUGUGGAUAAUGUCUUUCAAAGAGGUUCACUGGAGUCCCAAAGCCUUAGAAAUUGUGUUGUUAACCCAUGAUCAGAACACCAAAUGUGGCAAUAAAGCAAAAACAGAACACUGCUACACAUCACUGUUACAUAAAGGACAAAACAUUUUCUUUCUAUUUACUGUGACUGUAGAUAGUCUUUGUCGUCUGGUUCAUAUUUUUCCCCUUAAAUGAUACAAUAAAUCUGGUAAACAGUG